AUCAAUACGGGUUGGCCGUGAUGGUGAAGCCAAGAGGACACGCUGUGUCGAUAUAGCUGCUGCGAAGGAGGCACAACUUGGUGGUAUUCCAUGGAGGCUUGAGGAGCGAUUGCGGGAUAGGGAGCGAGUUGUGAUGGAGGUUUCGAAGGGGAUUAUGGUGCUUCCGGAACAGACAUAGUAGUUGAUUCGAUGGCAGAAAUGAUUGCAGGUGGUACCUGUACCGAUGGACGAUGCCCGCGUUAUUGAAUGCCCUCCGCAGUAUUGAUGAUUCAGGUGAAUUGUCCUCGCUGCUUCCUCCUGUGCUUCAAGACUCCCGGAUCUCUAAGGAAAAUGUCAAUGCCUCCGCCACGUUUCUUCGGAUUCUCCAGGCUCGAGUUGUGUUUGAUGGUUGCUUGGGUUUUCGUGGCACCACGAACUUGCAUCGGCAAGAGGAGGGUCAUCUCUUCGAAUGGGGGGCACUACAAACAACAAACUCUUGUCAGCAAGGUUCCGGACACUCUAAGCUUCAUCAACUUACUGCUGGCGGCAGUGCAGCUCUCGGUUGGAGCAAAAUUUGAGUUGUCAUUCUGUGUUUACAGAGCUUGGCGAGACACGUAACCUUACAUCGCGUCAAGGGAAGCGGGGUUUCACCGAGUCAUCUGCCAACCCUACUCGUAAA